AUGGUAAAUGCAACGAAGGGAUACUUCCUCAGAACAGAGCCGAGUGUUAAAGAAGUUAUACUGAAGCUAGGAGAAUCAGAAAACUUCGUUAUUGAGGAUAUAAAUGAAACAUGCGUGUUUAUAACGCCCGAGGCAGCAUCAGACAUAAAGGAAAGAGUCGAGCUGAUAAUGAAUAGUGCAAAAAAUCCAGCAAAGCAGUAG